AUAGGAUAAUUUUUUAGUACCAAACCAACUAAAAAAGAAAUCAAGGAAAACCAAGGGAUUGAAAUGCUAAAAGCGCAACAGCAAAACCCUUUUCACAGCCACCGGAGAGAGAACCUUUCUCGUUUCCCAUGAAUCCCUUUCGUUCCAGCAUACGCUCUCGCCUGUCGACGGCGACGGCUGCGGCGGCGGUGGAGAGCCGGCCGCCGGGAUGGCCCGACUCGCUGUACACACGAGUGGUGCUGGUGUCUAACCCCAAGGUCUCGGUCGUUCCCGUCCUUGAGAAAUGGAUCAACGAGGGCAAGCAAGUCUCUAAGGCUGAUCUCCAAUGGAUGGUGAAGCAGAUGCGAAACUUUCGCCGCUACGCCCACGCCCUUCAGAUCUCCAUGUGGAUGAGUGACCGAAGAUAUUUCCCACUCACACCAGGUGAUUAUGCAGAUCGACUUUAUUUGAUCAGUAAACUUCAGGGCUUAGAACAUGCUGAGAACUAUUUCAAUAAUAUUUCCGUGCAAAUGAAAGCCUAUCAGACAUACGGUACCCUUCUCAACUGCUAUGCAGAAGAAAAAAAUGUUGAGAAAGCUGAGGCUAUCUUUCAGAAGAUGAAGGAAUUGAAAAUACUCACAUCUUUCUCCUUCAAUGCAAUGAUGAAGCUCUAUUCCAACACUAGUCGACUUGAAAAAGUAAAAUCUAUAUUCAGAGAAAUGCAAAAGAAGGGUAUUCCUGCUGAUUGUUUCACAAAUAGCAUUUUAAUGGAGGCGUAUGUCGCUGCUUCAGACACUGACGGCAUCGACAAACUUUUGCAAAAGUUAAAGCAUCCUAAUGCUGCAAAGAGUUGGCAUGUCUAUGCAGUUGCAGCUAAAGGUUAUGCAAAAGCUAUGCUUGUUGAUGAGGCUUUAAAAGCAUUAAAGAAAUCAGAAGAACUAGUCCCUCAGAAAAAGGGCAGGGUUGCGUAUGGGUUUCUGCUAACAGUCUGUGCCGAAAUGGGAAGUAAAGAUGAUCUCUACAAAGUAUGGCAUAAGUAUAAAUCAUCUGAGAAGCAGUGUAACUCGAUGUUCAUGUGCAUGAUUAGUGCAUUACUGAAGCUAGAUGAUAUUGAGGGUGCUGAGACGAUUUUGAAGGAAUGGGAAUCACAGACCUCUUUCUAUGAUUUUCGAGUGCCCAAUCUGCUAAUUGCAGCUUAUUGCAAGAAUGGUCUUUUAGGCAAGGCAGAAUCUUUACUGAAUGAGUCUCUGAAGACUGGAAGGACACCAUUUGCGAAUUCAUGGGAGAGGUUAGCAAAUGGGUGUUUCGAAGAUGAUCAGACCUCAAAGGCAGUGGAAUUCAUGAAGAAGGCUUUGGUGGCAGGACAACAACAUGAAUGGAAACCAAGUCCCGUAAACAUUACUUCUAGUCUGGAGUACUUCAAGGAUCAAAAGAAUGUGGAAGGUGCAGAAGAGUUUGUAAAGUUAGUACGAUUUUUGGCCCCUCUGACACGAGAAAUUUACAACUGUUUACUAGAGGUUUACUUGGCAGCUGGGAAACCAGUCUUAGAUGUACUCAAGCGGAUGGAAGAUGAUGGUUUUAAUGCAGAUAAAGAAACACAUGGAGUUCGCAGAAAUGAAAAUCUGCAAAAGUUAUAAUCUUGAAAGCUAAAAUAGCACCUUGGCUCAUCGUGAUGGAAUGAAAUGGGUUGCUAUAUCUGAAGCAUCUGAUAUUUAGUUUCUCACUUGAUCUAACUUAUCUCAACACUCCUUGCCGUUUUGUAAGCAUCUCUGUCUCGGGCCUGUGAGAAUAUCAGCAUCCAAUGAAACAGUUUGAACAAAUUGAGAAGAUACUAAGCUACAUGAACUAUCUGAAGUUUUCAGAUUGGAAGGUCUCUCAAAAGGUUUUGCAGAACAAUCAGGGAUCAAGCGUGCUGGUUUUUGCAGUAAUGUAUUUCUACAUCAAUCUUUAACAAUAUGCACGACUUAGCUGACCUUUUUAACAGGGCAUUGUCAUUUCGAUUCUGUUAGUCACUGUUAUUCAUGCAUCAUCGAAGCAAAUAAAUGGCUAUGCGGCUUUCAUUCAAUAGAAUUCCUGCUUUAUAUUUUAUAUAAGUUGAACAAACAAGGUGGACAAUCCUGCCAGAUGAUGAAUGACUAUGGUGGCUGUAUUUGUGUCAUGUUGUAGAACAUGAAUCCUGGAUUGGUUCGAGGAUGAGAAUGGAAAUGAAGGAAAAAAAAAGAUAGGGAUAGGAAUAGGAAUAGGAAUAGGAAUAGGAAUAGGAAUAG